AGUUCCAGGCAAUGCUCUGGGAGAAACAUUCUUGGCAUUGUUUCGUUUCAAUUCAAGACUUUUUAUUGAAACGAUGUCUGAGAGCCCAAGUGCCAAGAGCACGGAACAAGCGGGGCAGCCUGAAAACAAUAUCCCGCCGUGGUCGUCGCGAUUAUAUCGACAGGUUGGCUUUUCGGCGAAAAAGACGUGGCAGGAUAGAGGUGACAUUAUUCGUCACUCGAGAGAGCUCUUCACUGCUGCAGGUCCAAAUGGACUUUCGUAUUCUCUGCUGCCAACUUCUUCAAGUAUACGACUUCUCGAGGUCAAGCCUGGUAACCCCAGUGAUGUGCUGCACUGCUCCCUCCAAACAGUUGACUUAUCCGACAACCCCAAAUAUCACGCCCUCUCAUACACGUGGGUGUUGGACCCACCAAGCUUCCCUUACGAGCUGAGAUAUCUGUCUCAAAAAGUCCCAAACUUCUCAAAAGUCGUCACCAGCGGAGUCGACACUGUAAACCACGCUGUCAAUCGCCUUAUGGUUCGGUCGCGAUCCGAGGUAUCAGAUCAAGAUGCAAAGCCAGCUGAGAACACUACCGACAGAGACAAGAUCCUUUGCGACGGCAAAGGUGUCUACGUCAAAUCUAACCUAUACCAAGCUCUCCUUCAGCUCAGAAAAGCACGUCCGGGACUCUACUGGAUUGACGCCAUUUGUAUUAAUCAAUCUAACCUUACUGAGCUGGGCCAACAAGUGCAAAUGAUGAAUCGGAUCUACAGUUCAGCUUCUCAAGUCACGAUAUGGCUAGGUACUUGUCCCCAUGUUUUCUCACCAGGCGUAGCGAACCUCGUUCAGAUGACCAAGACCGGACUUCCCGAGAUUACCGAGGCUGCUGAAUCCAAAGACUUUUACUACAAAAGAGUCGGAACAACAUCGCUUUGGCAUUUAGUACUUUGCGUCUUUUUCAUCGUCACGCGCAAAUGGUUCAAGCGACUCUGGGUUCUGCAGGAGCUGUGCCUUGCAAAAGAAGCCAUCUUCCUCUUGGGAGAAUACAGGUUUGAGGCUGAUGACAUUUCUAUCGCUUUUGGUUGGAUGAGAAGUAUUUUGAGCGCUUGGAACACCAGCGGGUUGCACAUGUUUGCUCAGAUAUUGACUUCAUUUGGUGACAUGCCUGACCAAGCUAUCUCUCUGCUGAAUUCACGCCGGACUAUUUCUGAAGGUGACAAAGUUGGUUUACAGGAGUGGUUCAGGCUGGUCAAGGACCGUGAGGCAAGAGAUCCGAGGGACAUGGUGUACGGUGGCCUUGCUUUGAUUAAGCCCGAGACGCUUCUGAUGGAUCCAAGCUUAAAACAAGGCUCCGGGAACUCAUCAAAUGAUCACGAUAACAUUGCACCUGAUAACAGACAACAAUGGCCGUCGCUACACGCAGACUACGCCAUCAGCCUCCCCGCGGUUCUCGAGAAAGUGGCGCUAUGUCUUCUGUCAGGCCCCGAGCCAAUGAACCUCCUCUCGCUAGCAACGCGAUAUCGCACUCCCUUCUUUUACGACAUGACGAGAGAUACAUCUAUUCACUACUCAGCGAUGAAAUACGACAAGAUGUCAGAGCUUGAACUCGACGUGCCUUCAUGGUACGCUGUCCCAUGGCUUGAGAACUCGCGGGGUAUGAAGCUUCUCAUCUGGCAGAAUACCAGCGCACCACUGGCAAGCAUAUCCAAGAUGACGAACAAGCCGCUCAUAUCGGCUGAUGGUGAAUCGCUGUUUCUCGAUGCAGCACACUUGGACACCAUUGAUUCUUGUGUGUUUUAUAAUUUCUUCGGCGAUUUAGCACAUGAUAUGGAGUCUAUGAUCACGUUGAGUUCAAAGACAAAUGAACGAGCACAGGAAGCUGCGGCGUUGAAGGAAAUCUUCAACUACGCUCCGCCAUUUCAUCUACUAGAAGUGAUACUCGACAUGACUGCAUAUACAAAAUCGACGGAAAAGUCACCUCUGGAAAUCCUUUGUGAUCUUCUGACUGCUGGAACAUGGAAAGGCUCAGCCAGCAGCAAGAUGGUCGGGUUCUGUCAAUGGCUUGAUGACUGGGUAAACAAUUACCUCAAAGAACACGAAAAAGAAAAAGCAAAAAUAACUGAUGAGACUCCCAUCUUGAGAGAAUUCAUCGCCAAAAGAGAGCCCAUCAUAGCCAAAAUACAAGACGAUUACGCCAAACUACGCACAGCAUAUCCUGAUCAACCGUGGUCACCCGAAGACCGCAAAGCCAUCUCGGAAGAACGCAAGAUCCAAGCCUCGCACUUCGCAAGAACCCUGCAAAUCGCACAGACGGUCCGAGCUCUGUUCAAGACCCAAAGCGGCAAACUCAUCCUUGCACCGGCAUGGGCUGAAAAGGGUGAUGUUGUGAUGGCGGUGAAAGGCGGCAAGGUUCCUUACGUCUUUACACCAAAAGAUGAGGACAUUAAGCGGAAGAUUGCGUUUAAAGAGAAGUAUAAUGGUGAUAUAUCGAUUUCGGCGUUGAAGGAACGGCCGGGACAUAAGGAGGCGCAGAAAUGGGAUGCGGCAAGUCUGCAGGGUGACAUUGAGAGAAAGGACGGUUAUUUGCUCACUGGUGAAGCUUAUUUACAUGACUCGGACUUGAAAGAGAUUCUGGUGAGGGAAUUGGAGUUUGGCAGGUUGGAAAUUGUCUAAUUGAGAUCAUGCGAAGAUGGAGAGUUUGGCUCCCAUUUUCUGUUACGCACCUUGACCAUGACAAACUUUUGCUCCUGAGCUUGGAUAUGCAAGUUGCCCAAGUUGAGAUUGAUAGAUGAGCUUCAAUUUGCACAGACUUGUUUGUGGCUCACCAACUCUCCGAACCUCAGCGGAGCGGCAAAAGACAGCGGCUAUUCAACGACUGUGAAUGAAGCAAUCACGGCGUAGGGUAAAUUGAAGAUUAUGACGCCAAAAGCCACAAACAUCGAUUUAGACGCUCGCAUAAUUAAGAGGCUUGGAACUAUUUUCAAUAAUCCUUUUGCCUUUUCGAUAUGCUUAAAAAAAGAUGUAAGCCCAGCGAUUAAGCGAUGUUCAUCGACCACUGUGAGGUUGAUCUCAUGUCACUCAGAUAUUUUUACGUGAUCAAGAACAGGUCAACC